AUGUCUAGUAAACCACAUUCACAGAAUCAACAAGCUAAAAGUAACCGCCAAUUGAAAUGUUCGAGAUGUACUCAAAGUUUUUCUCAUCAAAAAGCUUAUUAUGAACAUCUACGCAGUCAUACCAUAGUUCGAAAGACAAGUGUAGAGAAUCCAACGCAAAAUGAGACUGCUCGAUAUAUUGCAGAACGCCGAAAGAAUUAUCCAACAGCAGACAACAUUACGAAAAAAUUGAAAUCUGAUGAAGAACGACAAGAACGUGGUGAUGUAUUAGAAACUCGUCAAUUUGGACGAAUCAAAGAACAUAAAACAAAUAAAAGCAACGAAAUUGAAUCAGCACUGCCUAUCAUGACAAAAACAGUAACUAAUAAUAAAAAUACCGGAGCAACAUUAUUGGAACGACUUUUAGCAACUGAUAUUCGUCGUGAACGUAAUAUGGUACUACAAUCGAUUCGUCAUAUUAUUAAUAAUAAUUUCUAUGGCCUAGAUGAAAAUUGA